GCACUUCAUAGGUACAUCCACCUACCUAGGUACGUAAUUGAUCUCUCCAGCAUACGCCUGUAACUUGCGUGAGUCACCUCAUACCUUAGCUAAUCGUAUGUAACCCCGCUUGCCGUGGAUUGUAGUGGGGGUUCAAUGAAAAUAAAUAGGGAUAGGACGGUACCUGGAUGGAUACUACCGUGGGUAUCUACGAGGAACCGGCGGUGCCUGUAAAAAGCACGUCAACUUACUAUCCCGUACGUGGAUGCUGUUACCUUCCCCGCUCUUCUCUUAACUCCUCCCAAUCGGCGAUCGAGACUCGAAAUCGAAUACAAUAUAAAUUCCUAGGCGUAGACCGAGUUGUCUUCAUAGAAUUGUUCAACCCAAACCUUGUAACUUGUCUGCAUAAGAAUAGACAAUCCUCAACAUGCCUCUAAUCGCUUCUGCACCGCGAAAUCGCAUCAUCCUAGGUCUCAUGACCUUUGGACCAGAUGUAUCGGCGGGCGCUCGUAUUACCGAUAUCAACGAGUUCAACAAGGUUCUAGAUACCUUUCAAGCUCGAGGCUAUAAUGAGAUUGACACGGCACGUGUCUAUAUCGGGGGUCAACAGGAAGCCUUCACUCGCGAGACGAAGUGGAAAGAGCGCGGGCUGACGUUGGCCACUAAGUUCAAAUAUCCUGCCGAAGCCGGUGGAUAUCAGGCUGCCAAGGUUGUCGAGAGUUUGGAAACAAGUCUCAAAGAGCUCGGGACGGAUAGUGUGGAUCUCAUGUACCUUCAUGCAGCUGACCGCGCGACACCCUUUGCUGAAACGCUCGAGGCAGUAGACAAGUUACACAAGGCGGGCAAAUUCGUGCGAUUCGGUAUCUCGAAUUUUACGGCGGCCGAGGUAGCUGAGGUAGUAUUAACUUGCAAGCAUAACGGUUGGGUACGACCAACAGUAUAUCAAGGCAUGUAUAAUGCUAUUACUCGGGGUAUCGAUGCGGAGUUGAUUCCGGCUUGUCGGCGAUACGGGCUGGACAUCGUAGUAUACAAUCCUAUUGCAGGUGGUUUGUUCAGCGGCAAGAUCAAGAGCGUGGAUAUCGAUCCAGGCGACUUCAGUCGUUUCAGCACCAAGAGUAGCACGGGUACCAACUACCGCAACCGAUAUUUCAAAGAGAGUACGUUUCAGGCGUUACAGACUAUCGAGAAAGCGAUUGAGAAACAUCCGGGCUUGACAUUGAUCGAGACUGCGCUUCGAUGGGUGGUACAUCAUAGUCAACUCAAGAUUAAAGACGGAAACGAUGGCAUCUUGAUUGGUAUCAGCUCGCACGACCAACUCGUGAGCAACCUCGAUAAUUUAGAGAAGGGACCGCUUCCGGAGGAUGUUGUACAGGCACUUGACGAGGCAUGGCUAAUCGCGAAGGCGGAUGCGCCUAAUUAUUGGCAUAAGGACCUCGUGUACACGUAUGAUACGCGGGAGGCACUUUUUGGGGCGAAUGCAAAGUAGGCAUGUUUUAUAUCCAUGGAUGGUUGUCACUGCA